AUGUCGCUCUUCGGUGCUUCAGCAUCAAAGCCGACCUUGAGUCUGGGAGCUAGCACCGCGGCGCCGGCGCCCUUAAGCUUUGGCCAAACUACGACUGCUCAGCCGCCGGCGAACCCCUCCACAACAGGCGCAUCCUCUCAACCACAAAUAGAUAUUGCUCAUCUCCGUUCCACCACAAAAUUUGACCAGCUUACUCCCGACCUGCAAAAAGAAAUCGAAGCGGUCGACACUCUCAUCCUCAAUCAGAUCAAACUAGCAUCAGAAGUAGCAGAUCUUCUUCCGACCGUCGUCCGCGCCGGAGAGACACUACCUAAUAGUGUAGACUUUGUGACCCAAAAACUGGACGAGGUGGAAGCCGGACUAGGCAACGAUGCGGAAGCCAUUGUCACGGCGAGGGAUGGUGGUGUAAAAAAGAACGAAUUGGAAGCCAAAUGCGUUUUCAGGGCCAUUGAUCGAUUGAAAAUGCCCAGGCAAUAUCAACAGGUUGCUCAUGCCCAGAACCAAAACUUAAACGGCAGCGGUAUCUACGGCGGAACAGCGCUAAGUGGAUGGUGGAAUAAUCCUCAGGCGUUGAGGGGGAGCGUCCGGGGCGGGCAUGCUCAAGGAGACAAAAUCCGACUCCCAGGCGAAGAGGUGGAAGAAACACAAGGCCCGAAGAGCUUGAUUGAACUGUUCAACACGAGGGCCGAUGAAAUGCAAGACAUGAUCCAAGGCAACCGACGACUUUUGAGUGAGAUUGAGGAUUUCGUCCAAGGCUUGGAAGGAAAAGUCGCUGGCAAGGAGAGAGAGUUGAAUGAUCGACUCAACUACGGUGAUCGGAACGGUUGGGCUGUCAGCGAAAAAGACCAUCAGAUGCAACAGCUUCGCUACGUAUUUGGUGAGGUGCAGAGGAGUCUUUACGACGUGGCCGACAAGGUUGGAGCUGCAAGAGAUGAAGUCGCACGGUUGACAAUUGGGAGAUGA